CAGCGCCAGUACCCCGGCGGGCAGGUGCACAGUGGAAUACUAGCAUGGCAUGGCACCGCACGGCAUGGCGGGCGUGUGCGGUAUGUACAGAUGCGAUGUGACUGCUGCCAGGCUGCGGACGAGGGUUUGAAAGAGUAAAAAAGGGGGGUGAUGCGAUGCGAUGCGAUAAUAUGCGAUACGAUGCGACGGCACGAUAAAAGUGCUUCUGCCAAUGCUGCUGCGUGUACAAAGAUACCGUGCUGAGGAAUGUAUGUCGUGUAUGUGCGUGUGCAAGUGUGCGCUCCCUUUCCCCUCCCCCCACGCGCGCAAGGCGCCAAAACGCGUUGCGCACUGCGUGUGUCGCAAGUUGAAAGUCGCCUUGCUCGAUUUAGCAGUUUGAUGCGAACCGGGUCCAGUCGAUGCUGCGACGCGCGAUGGACGUCCGCACCGCCGACCCCUCCUGCCUUGCUUCCCCUUUCCCGUUCGAGUUCUGGUCGUGCACGCGCAGCUCCAUGUCCAUUUGCUCAGCGGCGGCCUCCAAAACGUCCGUAUCCCUGUUUCCGCGCGCCACCGUCUGUCCUGUUUGUGCAGACACGUCCUGCACUCUGCCGCCGCCGCCAGCGACCUCGAACAAUGGCAUGACGCACGGCCGGCCGUGCGCGCAUUGGAACGGGAAGCGCGCCGUGCUGAGCUGCUGCACGAGCCUGCUGCACUGACUGUGCGUUAGGCUGUCGUUGAACACUGAG